AUGUCGAUGCUCCCGACUUUUGGCUUCACCCAGGAGCAAGUGGCCUGCGUGUGCGAGGUGCUCCAGCAAGGCGGCAACAUCGAGAGGCUGGGGCGGUUCCUGUGGUCCCUCCCUGCGUGCGAGCACCUCCACAAAAACGAGAGCGUCCUCAAGGCCAAGGCCGUGGUCGCUUUCCACCGGGGCAACUUCCGCGAGCUCUACAAGAUCCUGGAGAGCCACCAGUUCUCGGCGCACAACCACCCCAAGCUGCAGCAGCUCUGGCUCAAGGCGCACUACAUCGAGGCGGAGAAGCUGCGGGGGCGACCCCUAGGGGCGGUGGGCAAGUACCGGGUGCGCCGCAAGUUCCCGCUGCCCCGCCAUCUGGGACACGGCGAGGAGACGAGCUACUGCUUCAAGGAGAAGAGCCGCAGGGGGCUCCGCGAGUGGUACGCGCCCAGGGAAAACAACGAGAAUUCCAACUCCAACAGCCACAACCCGCUCUCGGCGUCUAUGAACGGGAAUAAGACAGUUUUGGGGAGCUCGGAGGACGAGAAGACGCCGUCAGGGACCCCGGAUCACCCCUCAUCCAGCCCCGCGCUGCUGCUCGGCACCACCCCGGGCCUGCAGCCCCUGCACGGCCUGGGCCACCCACCGGGCCCCAGCGCCAUCCCCGUGCCCAGCGCCGACCCCAUGCACCACCACAGCUUGCAGGACUCCAUCCUCAACCCCAUGUCAUCCAACCUAGUCGAUCUGGGCUCUUAAAAACGCGCGCACACUCCCUCCCG